AAUCCUUCACUCAUUUAGACAUGUCUCCAGAUAGAGAUUCCACCCUAUUGGCUUCUUACAAUCUCCAAAAACCCUCAAGAUUGUCCAUGGAUACCCUCCAAAGAACGAUAUCCGAUAUCUCCUUCGAACUCAGCAAAGAAGUCGAUUCCGUAGCUGAUCACUUGAUGCUUCCCACCAUCUCAGAAGUCGAAGAUGCGAAAUGCGAGUGUUGUGGGAUGUUCGAAGAGUGUACACCAGAGUACAUUGCUCGAGUUCGCGAAAAGUUUCUGGGAAAGUUGAUUUGCGGGUUGUGUUCGGAGGCUGUGAAGGAGGAGAUGGAGAAAAGUGGAGGAAAGAUAGAGGAUGCAUUGAGGGAACACACUAGGGUUUGUGUUAGAUUUAAUCGGUUCGAUAGAACGAAUCCAGUUUUGUUCCAAGCUGCUGCGAUGAAGGAGAUGCUGAAAAAGAGUUCGAGAUUGGAUGGAAAUCGGGCCAAAUCUCUUAGCCCUAGGGAUCAAAAAAGAGGUAACGGUAAUGUAAACAAUAAGGGUGGUCUUACUAGGAGUUCUAGUUGCAUACCUUCCAUUACUAGGGAGAUGAGUGAGAGAAAAGCUGUCAACUGAUCCAUCCAGACGUUUCCGAAUAGAUUUCAUAGCCAAAAACUUAACCCCUUUUAUUGUAUAGUAUAAGUUUGUUUGAUCUUUAGAUGGCAAGUGAAAAAAUAACGUUUCUUCUUCGAUCGGCCAACGGUCCAUAGCCUUGUUGCGCACGGAAGGAAGAAAUCAAACACGAGAUGUAAAAAAGUGAGAACCUAGCUAGAUCUGUGCUCGUUUUCGGUGUUUUUAUGUU